CCAGAGUUUAGUGUUCCAACUGUCUUGUCUUCUUUCACGUGUGUGCUUGCCAACCAAUCAGGAUUUAGAAUAGUUCUCUCUACCCCAAUCGAACUCACGCGUAUUAGACUCAAGGUUAAGCCACUCAGCCUAACGCGUCAAGGUCAUAAUUUAGACUACACAGACCAAGGUCAAGUCAUAACAAGUAUCACGGGGUAAAAGCGAUCCAAGGUCAUAACAACUGGCGACGGAGAAUUUUUUUUCUUUCCUAUAUUGAUUGAUCCAGUACAAAAUGCCUGUUUCAUUGGAUGACCUUAAAACUAUUCUUCAAAUGCAGCAAGCACAAAAUGAGGCAAAUCAGACGAAGCUUUUGGAUGCAUUCGCACGAAUGUUCUCAUUACAGUCGUCCUCAGCUUGUCAAUCAGAUAAGCAUGAAAGCAUCAUAAAUUCUAUUUCUGAAUUCCAGUAUGAUCCUGAAGCUAAUGUCAUUUUCAGUUCGUGGUUUCACCGCUGUGAAGAUAUUUUCCGCGUUGAAUGCUCGCAUCUUGAUGACGCAGCAAAAGUCCGCUUACUCUUAAGAAGACUGGGAACACAGGAAUAUAAUAAAUAUGUGAAUUUUAUCUUGCCGCAAAAUCCACGAGAUGUAUCAUUCAAAGAUACAGUCCAGAUUUUAUCUGAUAUUUUCGAUGAACAGUCCUCAUUAUUUAAUACUCGCUAUAAAUGCUUCCAAAUAACGAAAUCUCCAGAGGACGAUUAUCUCACGUAUGCCGGGAAGGUAAAUCGACAGUGCGAACGCUUCAAAAUAAACGAAAUCACAGCGGACCAAUUUAAAUGCUUGAUUUUCAUAUGUGGUCUAAAGAAUGAAGAAGAUGCAGAUGUCCGUACCAGAAUGUUGGUACGCAUUGAACAAGAACCAAAUAUGACAUUACAAAUGGUCACAACCGAAUGUCAGCGGUUACUUAAUCUCAAGCAUGACACUGCGAUGGUGCAACAGAAGGGUAAACCUUCCGGUUCUGAUUCAAUUAAUGCGCUCCGAUCCAUAAAAUCAUCGAAACAAAACUGUACAAGCAUGAAAAAACCUGCCAACCCCCCAUCACCAUGCUGGUUCUGCGGAGCAUGGCAUUUUGCAAAAUUCUGUCCGUUUAAGAAUCAUAAAUGCCGCAAAUGUCAUCGCAUUGGCCACAAAGAAGGUCAUUGUUCGUUAAAUAAACGCAAGACUAAACAUCGUAGUGAAAAUUCAAAGCAACAAUCAAAUAGUCAGAUUAAAACCACGUUUGCAACCUUUAAAGUUGGAUUUAAAAAUAGGCGGAAAUUUGUAAAUUUAUUAGUAAAUGGAAAACUUAUACGACUUCAGUUAGACACUGCUUCUGAUGUCACGUUGAUUUCAAAGAACACAUGGCACAAGUUAGGAUGCCCAUCCAUCCGACCGACAGAACAUGUCGCCCGAAAUGCGUCAGGAGACAUAGUAAAGUUGACAGGAGAGGUCCUAUGCAAUGUUCAACUUAUGGGAAGUAAAUUUACAGAUGUUUGUUAUCUAACAAAUCGACACGAUUUAGAUCUAUUGGGAUUAGAUUGGAUUGCACAUGUUGAUACUUUGAAUAAAUUAUUAGAUGAGGUAUGUUCUCAAAAUGUUUCCUAUGAUUCUAUCCAAAUCCCUAAUGAUAUUUCUAAAUCAAAUGUCUCCGACGAAUCAUCCUCUCUGGAUAUUAACGAAUUAAAUGCUUCUGAUGAAACAUGUUCUUAUGAUCUUUCUGAAUCAAACAAUUCAAAUGUUAUGUGUUCUCACCAUGUCAAAUCUAAUACCGCCGAUUUAGUACCUUCUCAUAAAAUUUCCAAAUCGAAUACUUCAGACAAAGUAUGCGCUAGUGAAACUGCGGAAUCUCAUAUACUUCGUUCUGAUGUUAUGUCUACAUCAAAGUCUUCUGUUUCCUCUCAAUUGUCGUCCGUAUCUUACAUAAAUCAUCUUCGACAAAAACAUGCAUGUGUAUUUCAAAACAAACUGGGGUGUUAUAAAUUCACCAAAGUAUCCUUAUCACUAAAGGAAAAUGCAAAGCCCAUUUUCAGACCGAAACGACCAGUGCCUUAUGCUGCUCUGUCAGUCGUUGACCAAGAAUUGGACAGGUUAGAAGCACUAGGUGUUAUUGAGCCAGUAAAUUAUUCAUCGUGGGCUGCACCCAUAGUGGUCGUGAGAAAAGCAAAUGGAACUGUUCGCAUAUGUGCUGAUUUUUCCACUGGCCUAAAUAAUGCUCUAGAAGAUCACACGUAUCCACUUCCCAUACAGGAAGAUUUAUUCAUCAAACUAAAUGGAGGAAAGUGUUUUGCUAAAAUUGACCUGGCUGACGCAUAUCUCCAGAUAGAAGUUGAUCCAGCCUCCCAACCAUUACUGACGAUUAACACCCACAGAGGUCUUUACCAAUAUAAGCGUUUACCUUUUGGUGUGAAACCAGCACCAGCUAUCUUUCAACAAAUAAUGGACACUAUGUUGGCUAAUUUGCCAGGAGUCGCUGUCUAUUUGGAUGAUGUAAUCGUUACAGGUUCCAGUAAGUCCGAGUUAUUCAAUCGACUCGAUACUGUUUUAACCAAAAUAUCUGAGUGUGGAUUCUAUCUAAAAGAAGAGAAGUGUACAUUCUUCAUGAACUCGGUGAAAUAUCUUGGUUUUGUUUUCGACAAAAAUGGACGACGCCCGGAUCCGGAAAAUGUACGAGCUAUCCAAAAUAUGCCUCCCCCAUCGAAUGUAGCAACUCUGCGUUCCUUCCUUGGUCUUAUCAGUUAUUACAGUAAUUUCUUGCCACAAUUGCAUCGCCUCCGGGCACCCAUGAACCAAUUAUUAUCCAGUAAUGUAAAAUGGAAUUGGUCCACUAAGUGUCAAAAAUGUUUUGACGAAGUGAAGUCAUUAUUAACGUCGGAUCUACUCCUUACAUAUUUUGAUCCCUCGCUGGAAAUCGUUGUUGCUGCAGAUGCUUCUGACUAUGGUAUCGGUGCCGUCAUAUCCCAUAAGUUUCCAGAUGGAAAAGAAAAGGCUAUCGCACAUGCUUCCAGAACAUUGACUUCAGCAGAACGCAAGUACAGCCAAAUUGAGAAAGAAGGAUUGGCAUUAAUUUUCGCAGUAAAAAGUUUCACAAGAUGCUGCAUGGCAGAAAAUUUACCUUAAUCACUGAUCAUAAACCCCUAUUAUCAAUUUUCGGAUCUAAGAAAGGUAUACCAGUUUAUACCGCAAACCGCCUCCAACGAUGGGCUACAAUGCUAUUGGGUUAUGAUUUCGUUAUCAAAUACAAAUCUACCUCUGAUUUUGGCCAUGCUGAUGCAUUAUCGCGCUUAAUAAGCAAUCAUAAGCUUGAAAACGAAGAUACUGUUAUCGCUUCUAUAUCAGUGGAAGAAGAUGUAAGCAGAAUGUUGUUUAAUUCAACACAAAUUCUUCCAGUGACAGCUGCUCGAAUCGCUGAACACACUCGCCGCGAUCCUAUCUUAAGACGAUUAUCUACAUUUAUCCAGCGUGGUUGGCCCCCACGUAUAACAUCUCAUGAACUGAAACAGUAUUAUCAACGACGCCAAUCUUUAUCCAUCGUCAAUGACUGUAUAAUGGUUGCUGAUCGCGUAGUGGUUCCGUAUAACUUACGCUCACUCGUCCUGAAACAACUGCAUACAGCCCAUCCAGGUACUGGAAGAAUGAAAGCUAUUGCUCGAAGUUAUGUAUAUUGGCCUAAUAUCGAUGAACACAUCGAAGAUUUCGUGCGUGCGUGCAGAAAAUGUGCUGAGGUUUCUAAGUGUCCACGAAAAGCUGAACUACAUUCCUGGCCAUCUCCAGAAGAACCUUGGUCGCGUAUACAUGUUGAUUUUGCUGGCCCAUUCCAGGGUACGUACUUCCUCGUUUGUGUUGAUGCUUAUUCAAAAUGGCCGGAGAUUUUUCCUAUAAAUCAAAUCACUUCGCAACAGACUAUCAUGAAGCUACGGCAGUUAUUCUCCCGUUUUGGAGUUCCAGAUGUUCUCGUGACAGAUAACGGCACUCAGUUUAUUUCUUCCAUCUUCUCAGAUUUCUGCAAGAGGUUUGGAGUCAAACAUGUCCGUUCACCUCCGUACCAUCCACAAUCGAAUGGUCAGGCCGAAAGGUUUGUAGAUACCUUCAAAAGAGCGCUACUGAAGGCAAAAGGGGAGGGAAAGAUAGAGGAGAUUCUUGAUGACUUUCUCUUGGUCUAUAGAACAACUCCAAACCCAUCAACACCAAAUCAAAUGUCCCCAGCAGAAAUUAUGUUUGGUAGAAAAGUAAGAACUGCCCUCGAUGCCAUGAAACCACAGCAAAGAGACAUCGGAAAAAGAAACAGAAAGAUGGAAAACCAAUUUGAUCGCCAUCAUGGGGCGAAACGCAGAAUUUUCCAGAAAAAUCAAAAAGUAUACGUCCGCGAUUUCCGAUAUUCACCUCCACAAUGGACCAGUGGACGCAUACUUAAGAGACAAGGGAACGUAAUGUAUGUGGUGGAAGUUGAAGGACAGAAGUGGACACGCCAUGUCAACCACAUACUGGAAAAUGCUGGCACUUCACAGAAAACCGAGAAAUUAGACUCAAUGUGGAGAAUCAUUCUGGACAGUUUUGACAUAAAAUGCUCAGCGACUCAGAAGACCACGCAACCUGAACAAAGUCCUAUUAGGAAAGCAUCACGGAAACGCAGAAGACCAGAUAUUCUACAGGUAGACCCAAAGAGGAGAACAUACGUUUCCGAAGGAAGAUAUCAAUGAUGAUAUCUCAGCACUUACCUGUAUAUAGUAACUAACCAUUUUUUUUCUUUUUUUUUAAGGGGGAAGGUGUUAUGAACGGGGAAUUAAGAAGCCCAGACAAUUACGAAAGCUAUUUUCUUGGGACGUUAUUGCAUUUCAUUCAAAACCUGUAAAACACUUAUAUUUAUUUUUGUCCCUAUCUUAUUCUACAUAACACGAGCUUUCGUUCUAUGUAUCAUUCACUAGCAUACCCUUUUUGUUCCAAAAAUAUUGUAAUUUAAACAUUAUAUUUUGCACUAUAAUUUCUACCCUAAUUCCCUGUUUCGGGCAUAACUGUAUUUUUCCAAAUUAUCCUACGUCGUGGUCAAGAUAUGCACUUAUUUAUUCAUGUACAUUUUUGUAGUAAUCCGAAUUCAGAGAAUCCAGAG